UUUGGAACUGUAUCUGAGAAUCAACAUAUUUUAACAACAGAUCAUUGUGUUCAACAAAGUCUUAUUCCUAUACCGUUUUCAGUUGUACUUGGAGCACAUUACUUAUCAAAUUCAACUUAUCGUAUUCCAAUUGAUCGUUUUAUAUUUCAUUCUGAUUUUAACCAAGCAACAUUAAUCAAUGAUAUUGCCGUAAUAAAACUCAGUCAGCACAUUCAAUCCUUUUCUGAUCGUAUUCGGCCAGCCUGCUUGGCACGAUCGAUUCGACAACCGGACGUAUCUAGUCUGCUAAUUGUAGCUGGUUGGCGUACGGUAAAAAAUAAUACUUGGUCUGUUUCGAAUACUAAUGAACUCCGACAAGCAAGAUUAACAGCUAUGGAUGAAUGCUCCGAAGUGUAUCCUAAAAGAUAUGAUUUUGAAAAGCAAAUAUGCGCUGGUACACAAGGUUCAAAACGUGAUUUAUGCCUAGGCGACAUGG